AUGGCGGCCGCAGAUAUGCAGGAGUAUGACCUCCUGAUUAUCGCGGACGCGACCGCGUCCAUGUCCAACUAUCUCAACUCGCUCAACACUUCGCUUCCUCAAAUAAUCUCAGUGUCUGCGCUCACAGACUGUUUUUCACGUAUUGGACUUCUUGCGUAUCGCGAUUAUGGGGACAAAGAUCUACUUGAAUGGUCUGGGUGGCUGCAUCAGAAUGCAACAGAAGCCACUGACCAGGAGCCUGACCUUGUCAACCUCGCGAGAGGACUGGAUGCUGAAGGUGGCGGAGACUAUCCGGAGGCUGUCAAGACUGCCCUCGCCAAGGCACACGAGGUGAUGCGAUCCGAUGCUACGACUAUCAUUCUGCUUUAUACCGAUGCGCCUCCGCAUAUGGAUGAUCCUGCUGCGAUUCCGAGCAAGAAUGCGGAGUCAGAAAGACAGUCUUUAUCUCAGAAAAAAUCCUAUUCCGGCAGCGGACCUAUCUUCUUGAAUUGGAUCGCUGGAUCUAAUGCUCUACGCAGUGGACCGAAACACGCCCAGGUUUUCGCGAUUCUCCAGUCGGGCAUGCGGCAAUACCAUGCCGCAUACUACAACUUCCUGGCCACUUUAACAGGCGGUGCUUGUGUUCAUCUCAAUGACAAUCGGCCUGCAAGUAUCUCCAAGGUGACUGUUGACAUUCUUUUGAACUGGAUGGGCGUGGAGAAAGCCCCGGUCUCAGGAGCCAGCAAGGAGUUGGGCUCGGAGACAGUCUCUGCGGAGCUGUCGCGCUACAUCUCUAUCAACGGUAUCAAACAAAUUUGCCGCGAGUAUGAACAUGGUGCAAAUUCUUUUUUUGCAUUUUUUCCAUGUACGGCUUUGUCCGACAAUCUCACCAGCACUGGAAUGACAGUCGAGGCCAUGAAAAAGUACCUUCCAAAGAAGGAAAUCCCAGUCAUGAAUUUUGCAGAGCGGUGGAAAACAGAUGCACAAUACAAGGACCGAGCAGUUAAGCAGCUGAUUAUCAUAAUCCGAGAAGAUGUCCGAGCUAUAGCACUCAAUCCAGUGUUCGGAACUAUGUGGAGAGCAUUGUGCAGCGACAGAACCUACCCUCAACGCGAUGAGAUUGUCCUUGAAUUCAGUCAACAUGUUGACAAAAUUCAAAAUUCAGAGGACCGGGCUCAAAUGAAGACGUGGCUUGAGAAUUCUUACGACUACACGGAAGAAGUCUUAGCUAUCAUCAACGCUGUUGAUGAAUCGGAACAGUUUCCUUGCGUGUUUCUGGAUCCGACACUACAAUUCGCCAGUACUAGCGAAGAUGGGGAUGAACCAAUCUCAGCAUUGACAAGAGCUGACCUGCUCGAAAUUGGUCGAUCCUGCAACGCUCCUAUUCUGCGUCGUGUCGGUCGCGUUCUUACCCAACUGACAUUUGUUAGAUCCGCGAGCGAGAUGCCGGAACAUAUUGCAGCUGCAUCCGCAGAGCAGGUGCCAAGAAUUCCACUGGCUCUGGCUUCAGAGAAAUAUGGUCGUCAGUUUUGGAAGAUGCUUUUCCACCUCAUUGUCCCGGGUACCAGGCUAUCGGGUCGUCCGGCUGCGCUCGUCGCCGCCCUAAGUAUACGGAUGGGGGUCACUCACUUCACUGACAUCGCUGCAAGCGAGAUGCUUGUGUUCAAGGACAGGUGGAACGAUAUCUCUGUGCCCGAGAACUGGAAUGUGGGCUGUUUGACCCUCCUCAUGGAUGCCGACGAAGGAUACAAUUCAUGGCAAGCGGACUCAGCCUCAAUGCUGCAAGACCAGGAGUCGCUUAAGGAGCCUGUUCGGCUUUUGAAGAAAACCGAUCGAAAGCUUUUUGAGCAACUGGUUGCCUUCAAGAUCUUGGAACUUAAUCUCGACACUCCAUUAACGGCCCAUGUUCCAUGGACGCCACAGAAGUCAAGUGCGCCCAUCGGACCUUUGGCUACAUGUCGAUCUUGUCAAUACAUUCGAUCUGUCACAGUCAUGGGAAAUAAUAGCAAGUGCGGUAUUUGCCUGGCUACAGACUAUGCUACCCAGAAAGAUAAGGAAAAACACAUAUCCGCUGGUGUCUCCCGGGAUGUCGAAUGUGCCUCUGAAGCAACAUGGGUCGAAUGUGGUAUUGGCUCUUGCAGGGCACAGUACAUUGUGUACAAUGUCGAUGCACUAAAUGUCCGAGCAAAGUGCCACUAUUGCAGGACCCAACAAGGCACCGCACCUGUCGUCGCAUGCAAGAAGUGCUCUAACCGAAUGAUUUGGCCUAAAGCAUACAGACCUUCUUCGUUUCACGAAUCCGAGUUCAUCUGCCCUCCCUGUACAUCAGGCCAUAACACAAUUACAGGCUUGGAAACGACUGCACGGGAAAUCUCCACGGAAAACACUUUCUCCUGGCUUAUUGAGGAUGCCCAGAAUGCUGUCGCGGAGCUGUUCAAGAACCAUUCGCUAUUCUCCACGGCCUCUAAUGUAGGAACUACAAGUUUCCUUUCCCGGAUAAAGCUCUUCCCAUCCCGCAAGGAGGUUCUCACUCACCGAGGAAAGCGCAUCCAUAACGCAGACGAGUUGGCAUCCACUAUACAUGAUAUGGUCAUUGGGCGCAAGACAAGCCAGAUUGACUGUUCGCUAUGUUUCUCAACAUUCCACCCCGGUACACUGAACCCCGCUUGUGGCCGGCGCGGGUGCAUUCAGCGAAUUUGCACCACCUGCUUAUCAGGAUGGUAUGGCCAGAAUGCACCUGGCUCUGUCAUCAACACCGCUGCUCUUGCAUGUCCGUUCUGCCGCCGAUACCCCACGCCUCGCACGCUCGCCAAGUAUGGAAUGGGCAUCCAGGGGGUCAGAGGACUGGCUGAUGCGCUACGCGACAAGGGCAUUUCAAUCUAUGCCUGGUGUCAGGAAUGUGCCUCCGCUAAGGAGUAUAUGCAGCGGACCUGCGCGAGAGGGACGCCCCAACUAGCCAACUGGUCAUGCUAUGAAUGUGUACAAGAGCUCGAACGCCAGCGACUGGCGGAAGAGCGACGCACAGCAGAAGAAUUACUCACCAUCGCGCGCUUGGAGAGGAAUAUGCAUCUGACCGAAGAAGCAGAGCGUCAGCGAGAUUUGGCCAACCAGAAGGAGGAAGAGCGCAGGAUGCGAAAUCUUGCGCCAUGCCCGCGCUGCAAAGCCAUUACUGAGAAGAUUUCUGGAUGUGGCCAUAUGAGCUGUCCCAUCUGCGGCACAGAAUGGUGCUUUUUCUGCGUCAAAGAGAUUCCGGACGAUAUAUAUGAUCAUAUGGCUCGAAAGCACGGGGGUAUAUUUCAAGAAGGUUUUGAGAGGGAAGUCGUGCCCCAGAGGGUCCAGAGGAUGAUGGAAGAUGACGGUCAGAAGAAAAGGAAUUACGAAGAUACCGGUUGA